AUGUCAGUAAUGCUGAAGGAAGAUAGAAGCAUCGGGAAUACAAUCUCAAAAGAUUUCAUUGCUUCAUCGUGCCACCAAGGACAAGAGGGAAGAAAUAAAGAAAAGCAAGAAAAAACUUUCAUAAUCUUUUUGAAAUGGAAAAGAACAAAUCCCAGCAUAGAGAAUGAAACAGAAACUUCAGGAAAUAUGUUUCGAUGA